AAAACACUUGCCCUGCUUUAAACUCUCACUUUUACAAACUCACCCGAACCCGACACAGCCUUUCAGAACAGGAAGAGGGAGCGACUUUACACAACAAUGGGUGUAUUACCACUGGUGCUCCUGUUGGGGUCGCUGUUUCUCUGUGGACGCGUCCAGGCGCUGUCCUCCGCCAUGGACGUUCUCAAACAGGACGCACUUCAGUGGGAUGGCUCUGCAACCUGCAGUAAGUGGGACUGCGACUGUCCGUUCUCGCGCCAACGGGGCUGCUGCUGCGCGGCCAGUGAGAUGUACCAAGUAGAAGAAGAGAGCUUCAAAAGGAUAAAGUGUUUGUGGGAGAAAACCACAUCCCUGAGUAGCAGAGUCAACGCGCUAUCAGAUGGUUUCAAGGUUUCCUUCAAGGCCACCAUGGAUCCAAAUAUGGCCGCCCUAAUUCCCGGAUCCACUGAGCGUUGCUUUGGUCCUUUCAACACCAACGUGCCGAUCCCUUUGUCCAAAGUGACGCUCAACUCUGGCAACGGAUACAACCCCUCACUGGGUGUCUUCACCGCCACUUGUCCCGGUGUUUACAUGUUCUCCUUCACCACCUUCUCCUCCGUCCCAGAGGGUGGACGCCUCUACCACAAGGUCCAGCUCAUGAAGAACGGCAAGGUGGGGGCCGGCGUGUGGGAGAACAACCGGGAGGACGCCGAGGACAGCGCCACUCAGGUUGUGGUGAUGGAGAUGCAGCGAGGCGACCAGGUCUAUCUGGAGCUGCUGUCCGGGAGAAAGCUGUGCACAAACAUGGACUACAAUAUAUUCACCGGUCACAUCGUGUACCCAUACACCGAGUGAGCAUCCCGGCAGGAUCAUCGAGGGGUCGUUGGAAAUCCGCUUCUCUUCACGCAACUAAGAGAUUGAAUAAAUAAACAAAUCUAAUUAUGACCCCA